AACUUCAGAAGACAAAGAGGGAUAUCAGAUGGCUUCAGGGAGUGACUGGUGAAUGGUUUGAAGAAAUUCAAAGAAAAAAGUUUUGCAACGAAACAGAUGUUAGCCAGAUGUUAAAACAACCACUUACAUACAGGCUAAGGAAGGAGAUGGCAAAAAAUGAUCCAAUAGAAUUACCUACAUCAAGAUCUAAAAAUGUAACUAAUCAAAAAAAGCCAACACCUUUUUCUUCCCGGAUGAGCUUCAGGUCGUCAUUUGCUUCCCUGUUCUCAUUCAGGAAAUCUGGAAAGGAGACUUCAAAGCUUCCAUCGCUGGGACACAAAGGAUGCGACGGCCACGCAGGACCUCCCGUGCCUGUGAGGGGAGCUGCUGUGCAGACAAAAAUAUACAGUUCACCUCUGGAAAAGCAACUAGUUGACAGUGCAUUUGUCCCAAAGCCAGCAGUCAUGAGGGAGGAGAGUGGCAUGCCUCCACCGUGGGAUGCUUCACUGCUGGAGAAUGAGUUUUUCCAAGUUUUAGAUGACUUGGAUAGCAAAUUGGCUCAGGAACAGUCUGCAAGCUCAGUGAAUACCAGAACACCCCUCAACUAUGGAUCAAGGACACAGUUCAGUCACUUUUAUUCCAGUGGUAGCAGACAUGGUAAUAUCACAGAAAGGCACAAAAAACACUAUAAUGAAACUUCCAAUAUGUCUAUCUAUGACAUCCUAAGACCAGGAACUCCUAGGGAAGGUUUUAAAACCUUUUCUCCUAGGACAAGGACAAUUUAUGAUAUGUACAGGACAAGGGAGCCCAGAGUCUUUAAAGAAGAUUAUGUGCAAAAGAAUACUUUUGGAAGUACUUCGCUGUGUUUUGACAGCAGACAACGGUCGGCCUUACCAGCCACAGGGCAUUUCACAGCAAGAAGCUUACAUUUUCCAGCCACAGCUCAGAACAAGAGUGGGUUUAUACCACCAAGGCACCAGCAGAGUCCAAAGAGAACUCCUUUAUCAUCCAUCAUAUGGAACAGAUCGGAUUCCUGUAGAGAUAGGGAGAACCAGGAAGAGUUCCUGAGGGCACCAUCACCAAUGGAAAUUGAUCCUGCUGACAAGUAUGUGUAUCCCAGAGGUUUUCAGGAGAAUAGGAGCUAUGAAUCGUACCAUUCACAGAAUGUUUACCAACGUGUUAGUUUAAAUGUUCCCAUGGAGAAUGCAAUGAGUCCUGACACUUUUGAGAACUCUGAGAAUAUGCCAUUCUACCAUCAAAGCAACCCAUUUGCCAGGUCCUUCUUCAGCAAUACCUUUGGACGAAGCGGAGAACAGAGGAGAUUUGGACAAAGUCCUUUUUGGAGCCAACAGAAAGGACAUUCUUUCUGGUCUGACUUUCAUCAAAGCAGGAAAUCAUUCAGUUCUUCUGACAGAGACUUUGAAAUGAUUUCCAUGGAAGCAAAUAGUGCAUCAGCCAUUCAUGGCCAUAGUGUUUCUUCUGAACACUGGGAAUCAUUUUCUUCUGGUUAUGGAACAGAUGUUUCCAGAGUCCAAGAAGAGCCACAUCCCUGGCAGUUUGAUUUUCAGACAUCCACACUGGAGAGCAUGGCGGUAUCACAUGGUAAUGAGACCAAAUCGACUCCUCAUUUUGGCACACCAAAUGUUUGCUCCAUGACUGGUUCAAGCUAUCACGUCAAAUCCGGUGAGUUGGUAAGCCAACAGGACAGUUCUCCUGUAGAAGUACAUAUAAACAAAGAAGCUUCCUCAUUUGGAAUUGCUCAGCCUCUAGCAUCCUCAUUCAAAACUUCCUUUCCCCAGACUUCUGAUGACAGAAGGAAUCCUCAGAGUCCCAACUUGCAGAAUCCCACAGUCACUUUGCAGAAAAUUAUUCCUAAUAAGCCUGCCUCUCAUCCAAUGAGAAGCCAUACAGAAGUCACUGUGACCAACAGCAAUUCAAUUGACUCUCUGCCUCUUGCCAGAAGCCAGCCCAAUAUCUUGGUCACAGAAGUGAAUAAUGAGAAAGACUUAAAUGAAUCUAUUUCAGAAGAAGACAAACAGCUAAGCAAGAUGGACCAGACAAACAAGGUAGGUGAAGUACCCCAACCUGUUUCACAGAGAGGGAUCUCAAACUCUUUACCUGAUUUUCAAAAUCCUUUCUCCCAGGACUCAGCCAAGAGCAACAGAUUUAGUUUUAGUGCAUCUACCACAAUAAGUUCAAAAAAGUCACCCAGAGUCUUUUCCAGGAAAGAUACCUCCAAAAUGUACACACCACACAAAGAUAAAUCCAAUGACGUUAAACAAGAUAAGAGGUUUACUGAGAACAGAAAACUUGGCUCAACGGCUUCCCUUCCUUUCAUUCAGGAACACAGAACACCACCAUCUUUCCCCAGGACAGACCAAGGUUGUCACCAGGAAUUAACUGUAAGUAAUGAAGAUAUUUCAAGCAUUAUUACAACCAACCACUGGAGCUCUGCACCAACUGAUAUUCAAAAUGCACAGUCUCCAGAAAAGCCUUUGACUGCUGGCCACAAGACCUUGUGUGAUUCUUUAGAUCUGUCAUCAGCUGCACUACCAGAUUCCUCACCAUCAAAUAAUUCUUCCCUUGAUGCUCCUGUGGUUCCAUCUACUACAGUGUUCUCCAGGAGAAGUCCUUCAGACAAAGAUCCAUCGCUAGGAGAAAGAGAAGAAAAAGACAAUGCUGGGAAGAACCAAAAGAAUCAGUUUAUUUUAAGCCACUCAGAAAACCAAGAGAGAAAUGAUAGUCAUGUGCCUACACAUGAUGAAGUGGUUGAUGUCAAAUGCCAUUCACACUCUCCUUUUAGGAAUGAAAGAGGAAAAGGAAAAAUAAGGCAUCAUAUAUCCUGUAUUGAAAAGUUAAGCAAAACAGAAAGUAUAUCAGUACCCACCAGUGAUCACAGGAGCCUCACUGAAGCAAAUCAAAGCAAUUCCAAAGUUUCUGAGCUUGACACAAUUUAUUGUACCUUGCCGAGAAAAUCAAGCAGUUUUCUCGUACAUGGCAGGCAGUCAGGAAGUAAAAUAAUGGCUGCUUCAUUGAGGAAUGGGCCACCUCCCUUCCAAAUCAAAAAUAAUGUGGAAGAUGCAAUGGGGAACCAUACAUUAAACAAAUUUAGUCCCAGUUCUCCUGAGUCAGCAAAUGAAUGUCCCAAAGUCGUUUCAGAUGCAGCCCUGGAAGCACCUGAAGCCACAGAGAGAAUGACAAAUGUAAAAAGCAGUGGAUCUACUUCCAUUAGAAAAGGACCUCUUCCAUUCCUCAUUAACAGGGCUAUGUCGUCUCCCUCAGGGGAGCCACAUGCCUCAACUGGAAGAGAAGAAAGAAAAAAGCCAUUGACCUCAGGCACGGAUGCUUCUGAGCUAAUGCCAAGGGCUUGGGAGAGAAUCAUUAGCCCUGUGGAAAGUGACUCAUCUGUUAGAGAUUGUUCUUUAACCAAACGACACCACCGAAAGGAAAACUUCCAAGAAUGCACUGAGAAAGAGGGUAAAAUGGCUGCCUCCAGGAGAAGUGUACUUGCCCUUUCAAAUGAAGACCCUUUACCUUUUUGUUCAGACUUGUCAGGAAAAGAACGUGGGAAAACAUUACAUAAAGUUAAGACAACUAGUACAUUUUCUGUUUCUGGUGAUGACGACAAUGUAAAAUGUCUGGAAGUGGUCUCAAUAUAUUAUACUCUACCGAGGAAACCCAGCAAAAAAUUCUGUAACCUUCUUCAACAGUAUACACAAAAUACUAAUUCACUUACAGAAUCACCUCAAGUGGAGACUGAAACAUUUCCUAAUGCUUUAGAAAAAGACGAACAGAAUUAUUUUACACGAGAGCAGUCAGGAACACCGUCAUGUGAAAAUCUAAAGAUGUCAGUCAACUCUGAUCAGACGCUCACCUCUGAAAAUAUGACUGCCUUCCGAUUAUCAAAUAGGGGGCCCCUAGUGCCUACAUUACAGGAAAUGGUUUCUGUUGAGGCAGCUGUUUCUCUUCCUGAAGAGGAAUCUAAAGCUAGAGAGAUUUUUUCAGAUAAUUUAGCUAAAGCACCUCUAGGUGAUUCAGAAAACAAGAAAGAAAAAGGUAAAAAACUGCAAAGUGAAACCCUGCAUACUUUAUUGAUGCCUCAGAGAAAAAAUGUUUCCGAAGAAAAAUCUGAAAAUUGUCAACAAUCCAUUAAUUCAAGUAACAGUGGUCCCUCUAGUCUUCCAGCUCUUUCAGAAGUUAAUAUUGGAAAUUCCCAAGCCAGAAGAAAUUCUUGGGAGUGUACAGGGAGUGGUAGAGCCAUUCCUUUUACUGGAAGUGGGAAGUGUCCUCAGAAAGAUCACACAUCCACAACUGUAGGUGAUGGCUCCAGUGGAUCACAGUCUAGGGAAGGCAGAGGGGACAUCGGAACCAACUGCCAAAAAAUGACUAAUAAAACACUUUCUCACUCAGAGAGUCAAGUCUUUGCUCUUACUCCAGCAUUGCAUAAACUACAGCUUGGUGAGGAGACUCAGUCAGAUGAACUAAAUUUAGAGAGUCUGCAGUCUGAACCCAGAGAAUUACCGCAAAGAAGUCAGGAGGCAAAUAUGACAGAGAGCAGGAAGGCUGAAGAUGAAAUGCAGAAAUCAGCUUGGGAUCAACCUUCACUUCCUGAAGGAAACAAUAAAAAUAAAACCAACUCUGAUGACCUAGUAAAGGGGGAAAAUAGAUCUUCAGUUAAACACAGAUUGGCAGUCAUGUCUAAAGCAAACAGAAAAUUCCCAGCUAAAGAUGUAAGCCCCAGAAGACAUGUAGCUACUAUCUUCCCCCAAAGUGGAAGCAGAUCUGGCUUUGACCAUUUAUCUCUUGGCACAGUGGAGUGCAACCCACUGUUCCCUGAGCCUACUCCAAAAUCUGCAGAGUCCAUAGGCGAAAGCAGGUUGAGUGAGGAUGGAAAGCAUGUGAAGAAAUCUGAGAACCCUAUCCCCAUUACUGUACUACCCAACAGAGAACCUUCUACACACGUCAGCAACCAGAAGUCUAACAGCAUUUCACAACGACAUCAGAACGAGUUUAAAAAUGUCUCAGAAUCACCAUCAAAGCAUGAGAUUUCUAAAGACGUCACAGUAGCUGAGAAUUUAGAAGGAGAAUCAGGAGCCCCAUCCCCCAUCACAUUCACCAGCCUCAGGGAAGCAGAAUUCUCUGACGAUCAGAGGAGGCUGAGCCCUCCUUUUCCACUGGAGCCUGCACAGAAAUCUAGAGUAAGCAUCCCACGGGCCAGUUGGCUGUGGCAACAAAGGAGUGCUUCAUCUCUGGAGUGGGAACCUGAGCCACACCUCUAUCGUUCAAAGAGUUUAAAAAGCAUUAAUGUGCAUGGCGAUCUACUACGAAAAAGUCAUCCUCCAAAAGUCAGAGAGCGCCAUUUUUCUGAAAGCACGUCUAUUGACAAUGCCCUGAGUCGACUGACACUUGGGAAUGAAUUCUCUGUCAACAAUGGGUACAGUCGAAGAUUCAGAUCUUUUUCUGAACUCCCCUCCUACGAUGGAAAUGAAAGUUGGGCUUAUCGCAGUGGUACAAAAACAGGUCCCAGGUCUGCAACAUCUAUAUACAGACCUAUCGACUAUGGGAUCUUUGGAAAAGAACAACAAUUAGCUUUUUUAGAGAACGUAAAGAGGUCACUUACACAAGGAAGAUUAUGGAAACCAAGUUUUCUUAAGAACCCUGGCUUCCUAAAAGAUGAUUUGAGGAACCCUCCCAACCCCUCAGAGUCGUUAAGCUCAAAUUCUCCCAGUAGUCAGAUGCCAGAAGAUGGCUUAUCUCCAAGUGAACCGCUUAAUAUCUAUGAGGAUGACCCAGUGGACUCAGAUUUUGACACAGACACAACCACAGAUGAUGAAUACUACCUGGAUGAAAAUGACAAAGAGUCAGAACUGUGAGGCUUUUUCAUUAAAAUGCUUUAUCUUUUUCACC